AUGGCCUUCCGCUUCUCCGCGGGGCUCCGCGCGGACAAGCUGCGCGGGAUGAUGCGCGGAUGGGCGCAAGGCGGACGCUCGACCGGCCAGCAGCAACAACAGGGCGGUGGCACUAGCGGAGGCAGAAUGGGCGACAGCAGAAUGGGCGGCGGCGGAAUGGGCGGCGGCGGGAUCAGCGGCGACAUAAUGGGCGGCGGCGGAAUGGGUGGCGGCGGAAUUGAUGGCGGAGGAAUGGGCAGCGGAGGAAUGGGCGGCGGCGGAAUGGGCGGAGGAGGGAUGGGCGGCGGCGGAAUGGGCGGUGGCGGAAUGGGUGGUCGGGGAAUGGGCGGAGGCAGAAUGGGCGGCGGCAGCAUGGGAGGCGGCGGAAUGGGCGGAGGCGACAUGGGUGGCGGCGGAAUGGGCGGCGGCGGAAUGGGCGGAGGCGGGAUGGGCGGCGGCGGAAUGGGCGGUGGCGGAAUGGGUGGCGGCGGAAUGGGCGGAGGCGGAAUGGGCGGCGGAAGCAUGGGAGGCGGCGGAAUGGGCGGAGGCGGCAUGGGUGGCGGCGGAAUGGGCGGCGGUAGCAUGAGUGGCGGCGGAAUGGGCGGCGGUGGAAUGGGCGGGGGCGGAGUGGGCGCAGGGAGCAUGGGCGGCGGUGGAAUGGGCGGCGGCGGAGUGGGCGCAGGGAGCAUGGGCGGCGGUGGAAUGGGCGGCGGCGGAGUGGGCGCAGGGAGCAUGGGCGGCGGUGGAAUGGGCGGCGGCGGAGUUGGAGGGGGUAUGGGCGGACCUGGUUCCUCUGCUCCCGGAUCGCAAGCCAUGGGUCCUGGGGGGAACAUAGUGGCGGCAUGGGUGGCGGCGGAAUGGGCGGCGGAGGAAUGGGAGGCAUGGGCGGACCUGGUUACUCUGCUCCUGGUUCGCAACCAGCCAUGGGCCCUGGGGAGAACAUGGGCGGAGGCAUGGGCCGCGGGGGAGGAAUGGGCGGCGGCGGUAUGGGUGGCGGAGGCAUGGGCGGCGGAGGCAUGGGCGGCGGAGGCAUGGGCAGCGGAGGCAUGGGCGGGUCAGGGUGGGUAG